AUGGAACAUGAAGGUCAUCCUGUAGUUGUUUUUUUUCUCCAAAAGGUGAAACAGAGAACAUUCCAAUAUUUUGAAGCAAUUGAUGAGAUUAUAACCAAAGGACGUGACAUUACACCGAAAUAUACAUCUGGUACAGGAUUUGAUCGAGAUAUGAUGUAUUUUCUUAAAAAAAAUCUCAAAUGCUGCAAUGUUGAUGUACAGCUUGAACAGAAUUCUGUUGAAAUUGCUUUAUUUGCAGAGAUUGCAAACAAUCUUGCAGGCAAAGUUAACCUGUGUUUGAAUGCUAUAGAUUGUGAACCAUUAGGCAUGCUUGCAUAUCCACUACAGUCAUACCAUGUGGCUUUUCCAUCUGGACGUCAGUCUGGUCUGUGA